CUGGGAUACCUGUGUUGAGGUUAUUUUGCAACACGUUUUGGCGCCCAAAUACUUCCUAUACUAUCAAAAGCUAUAUAGAUUGCUUAUUUGCUUCUCUAACCCGUAGAUAUGGGUUUCCUACAUGGAUUUGUAACAUUCCUGAUAGUCUUUAUAUUCGCAGCUUCUGGAGUCUUGAAACUGACGGACAAAGUCAACCCAGAAAUCUAUCAGCACAUGAAAACAGAGUUUGUGAAGUACGCCAAAGUUCAUCCCUGUACGAUCCUGUUCGACUACGAAGUUAAGAGUGAUCUUUAUAGAGUCGUCAUUGGAUGGAUUGAACUGGUUGGUGCAGUUCUCCUUCUGGUCGGUCCAGCCCCCAUUAAGAUCUUAACUCAGCUUCUCUUCAUGGUCAUCAUGAUUGGCGCAGUUUACACCCUUCGUAUGCUUGGUGAGCCUCCUCAAAUGGCCAUUCCUGCUGGUGUGUCAUUUGUCUUGCUUUGUGUCAACCUAUUCUUGAUGUUGAGAGAAGAGAAGGAUGUGAAAAAAGGAAUCAAGACAGACUAGCCAGUUGGCAGACGUAGAAAUCACAAGUUAAUACCAUCAACUAGCCAUAUAUGCAUGUACUACCUAGUAUUACACUUAUGACUUGUGAAAUAGUGAGCAAGAUUUAGCUUUUUCUGAUUUUUCACAGUUUUGUUGUAAUGUUGAGUUGAGUUUCCUAGAACUUUGAGUGCUGAUCAGUAUUAGCUCAUAGCAAAGCAUGCACUGUCUAUUACAAACUAUAAGGCAGCUUCUGCUAUCCAUGCAAUUCAGAUAUUGACAAUUUUCAAAAUAGGACUUGCAUUCCUUCCUUUUCUUGCACAAUUUAAUGUUUAAUGCAAAGAUAUGUGAUGUGAACCAGGCAGUUCUAGACUAUAAUGCUAUUCAUCAAUUUAUAGUAGCAUUGUCAAAUGAGGUCAUGUCUGUCUAACUGCCUGACUGUACUAAUCUUUUACAGCUGUAAAAGGACCCCUAAACAACAUCUACUAUCAAUAUCAUCAGAACUCUGCAUCUUCAAUUGCAUUUAUUCAAUCAUGUCAGAAUGUAAAGUACACUUUUAUUCAGAAAAAAUAUUUUGUUAAUGUCCAAGGGAUUACAGAAAAUACAGAGCAUUUCUUUGAAACACUAUAGCUUAGUUUAAAGUGAAAAAUGUGUAAAGAUACCCAUUGUCAUGACUACACUCUUUCAAUAAAAUUUACAUUCAUAAAUCUA